GAGAUGUCGCUAUAGUGGACACUGUAGUCAUAGUUAUGGUAUCAUUGAUGAGACAAAUAAAAUACCAAUUGAUUUAAUAAUUAUCACAACAAUUGGUUUGUUUCCACAUUUUUUUGGUGAUAACCAUCGGAUUGUAUCCAAUAGAUUGUUAUCCGCUAUUCGUUUGGCAGCAAAUCAUAUGCGUAAAUGUGAGAAUUCGCCGCUCAAGAGCUGAUCCACACAAACAGUAAACACAAAAAUGUGCGAUAAUUCCGAUAAAGAGGUCAUUAAUGACAAACAAUCGGAUGAUCAACCAUUGAAUGACACCGACGUUCAGGUCGUUAAAUCCGAGGCCAUUGUCGCCGAAGCUAAUGCCGAUGACAUAAACCAAAGUAAAGAUAUGGACGACGAUUCUCAAGAGAUAAAGUCAUCAGAUUUGGAAACUUCUGUGAUUCCGGAAUCAGAAGUGGAUAGGCGUUGUACUUCUGCCUCAAACGCCGGCGAAUCGGAAUAUGAAAGUGCGGACGACGAAGAAGUGAAGAGAGCCGACAGUUUUGAGGACACGACAUCAGAUCUGCCAACUGAGUCGUCGGAUAAAUCAAAAGAAUCUACUGAAGAAGUUUUUAAGGAUGCCAUCGUUGAGUCGGACAAUAAGUCUAAACAAUGUGAUCCAGUGGUUGAAAGCGAUGCCAAAAAUGACUCACAAGAUAAAGAUGAGACUGAAUUGUCUACUGAUAUGCAAAUUGAAUCAAACGAUUCCGAAACUGUAGAAAAAGUUAAUGAUUCGCCAAAAGUAGAUAAUGUUGAGUCAAUAAAUUGUGAAUCAACUAAAGAAAUUGUAAAUAAUGAACAAUCGGUUAUUAAUAGUGAUAAAGAUGUUGAGGAUAAAGAACCAUCAAAAGAGAUCAAUGAUUUGCCUAAAGAAAUUAUUGUGAAUGAAGAAGAUGUUGACGAUAAUGAUGACAGUGAUCGAGAAGAGUUGGGUGAUAAUGACGACGAAUAUGAAGAUAUUGACGACUCGGAUGAAGUUUCUGUUGAGACUGAUAAUGAAGAUAAGAUGAGUAAAGAAAAUGAAGACGAAGAUAAUGAGAGACAACAGGGAGAUGGAGAGGAGAGCGUUUCGUCUCAAAGCGCACAAAAGGAUAAGAAUUUAGAUCAUGACGAAGACAAACGUAAUCCACAGUACAUUCCUAAAAGAGGUCCUUUCUAUGAACACGACGAUCGUAUGUCUGAAAUUGUUACCUCUGAAGAAGCAGCAGAAGCUGUAAAAGAAGGUCUCAUAAAUGAGCCAAACGAGACUCCAGAAGAUCCAGUGGUGAUCGUAAAUAAUCCGGUUGUAAAAGAGGCUCCCAUUAUAGCUAAGAAAGUUAGCGGAAAGAAAAAAUUGUGGAACGAAGGCGACCGCUGGGGUCACGACCUUUUCAGAGAAGAUGAACAAACACCGAAAUCUAAAGAUGAAUUGGUUAACGUUUAUGGUUACGAUAUUCGUAACGAAGAAGACGCUCCAAAAGCUCGCCGAAAGCAUCGGUACACAAGAGGUCCUACAAAAUACACCCGUCAGUGGCAGGACGAGAAUGCAUACGGAAAGCCUACAACUAAACCAUUGACUAAUACCGGUAGUGUUCGAUCUGAACGCACAGAUCGAGACAGAGAUAGAGAGCAUCUUAUGAGGUCUAAUGAAAGAGUACAUCGAGACAAAGACAGAUCCAGAGAUGAUUUUAAAGAAAGACACGACAGAAUAGAUAAAACUCGUAUCGAAGAUCGACAGGAAAGGAGUGAACGAAAAGAUAGAAGACAAGAAGGAAGAAGAGACAAGAAUUAUCGAAUAGAGAAGAUCAACGAAAAUCAAAGUAGAGGAAUGUCCCGAAAUGAUAGACCAAUGAAUGAUAAGAGAAGUGAUGAAAAUAUUGAUAAGAGAGGACAAACAUUUACUACUGAAGACUUUCCCGAACUUCCAAAUAAUGAUUUGCGUAAAAAACUUAAUUCAAAUCAUCAACAGAACGUUCAACAGGAGGCCUGGAAAUCGGGUUCUCGUUUUGGCGGACAAAAGAAUUUAGAAAAUACACAAUCAAUUACUGAAUAUAAAACGGAACCCAUGAAGAUAGCAGAAGCCAUUGAACAUAAUAACAGAACUACUAAUUAUGGUGAUAGUGUUGUUAGAACACAAACAUUUGAAAACUCAAAAUUAUCACAAAGAAGAUCAUCGGGUAUUCAAGAGUAUGAAGAAGAGAGAGUAGGAGGAAAUGGUAGGAAUAGAAAUCAACGAAAGAGUGCAGAAAUGUCGGAGAACUCGGGUCGACCCAUAAGGAAAUCAAAUUCUAACUUAAAUUAUUCACAAUAUAGUCACACGAAAGAACCAACAGAUAACUAUCGAAAUCGAAAUAGUGGUCGAAAUUAUCACUUAGAAGAUUCCAAUAGAAGUACUGAUCGCUAUUAUGAAGAAGAAAAUUAUGUCAAUCAAAGAGAUAGAGAGUCUAAUUAUAUUACAGAGACAAGUGCUCAUCAAAAGUUGUCGAUUGAAGACAAGUCAGCUGUAAUUAACAGGAAUGCCGAGAGUGAACAAACUCGACCCAAAAGGUAUUCAUCUUUAAGACAACAAACACAAAGAGUGGGUAAUAUUGCCGAAAAUGUUACUAAUAUUACUCCAAACACUCAAAUGUCACAAACACCUGAUAAUCGUAACAUAAAUGCGCAUCAAUUCUAUGAAUCGCAUCCAAUACAGACAACAGCUUAUUACACGGAACAGUCUGUACCGCAGAGGAAUACAUAUCAUCCGUAUAUGUCACCCAAUGCUAAUGAUUCGCCACAAUCACAUCCGCCAACAUAUAUAACACAACCAUUGCCGCAACAAAUACAGCAAACAAUAACCCAACCGAUGCAACAACCAAUGCCCCAACAAUUACCCCAAACAAUGCAACAACCAAUGCCACAACAAUUACCCCAACCAAUGCCCCAACCAAUGCCUCAACAAUUACCCCAAACAAUGCAACAACCAAUGCCCCAACCAAUACCACAACCUAUUACUCAAAGAUAUAUAUCACAAGCAAGUCCUCAGGGAACGGGUGAUAAUCGCUUUAUGCCUACUACAGUACCUCCCAAUGUUGUAGCAGCUUCUGUGUCCACUCAAAUGCCACAACCUAUUCCUCAAACAGGACCACCUCCACCACCGACCGGAUAUAUACCCAGUUUUCCAUCCGGUUAUCCUCAGUUUCCUCCCGCUCCUCCACCAUCACAUGUCCCACCUGGCUAUCCCGGUCACGUCCCUCCACCACCACAACAGGCGUCACCGCAUCAAAUGUCUGAGUUGUAUAGGGGAGGCGUAACCUAUUAUGACACACAAAGUCAACAGCAGAACGCUAUCCGACAAAUACCACAAAGACGUCCAAAGGCUGCCAUACCUAUAGUUCCGCCGCCGGACUCACACUCUAGUGAUGGCGACGGAGACAAGUCUUACGUUUCUGUAAAUAGUUAGAGUUUUUUAAA